AUGAAAUCGAUACUAGCGUCACUUUUAGAGCCUAGAACUAACUCAAUCUACCCAAUAGGGCUCAAAGAAAUCUGCAUAGGCCGUGAAAAAAAAGCUUUGGGAAACCAAUUCGGAUUAUCUCAAUUUGGUGUAAAUUUAGUAAAAUUAAACCCAGGAGCAGCUUCAUCUCAAAGACAUUGGCAUUUAAUAGAAGAUGAGUUUGUCUAUAUUUUAAGCGGAAAUAUUACGCUUAUAACAAAUGAAGGAGAACAAGUGCUAGGUCCUGGGAUGUGCUGUGGGUUUAAGGCUGGUGAACCUAAUGCCCAUCAAUUAAUUAAUAAAAGUGAAGAGCCAGUUGAGUAUUUAGAAAUAGGGACCAGAAGCCAAACUGAUGAGGCAACUUAUCCAGACGUCGAUUUGCAUGCUGUAAAGGAAAGUGGAAGUUUUAAGUUCUUUCAUAAAGAUGGAACCCCAUACACAGAAUAG